GAUUCUAGCUGCUGGAGGGAAGAUCAAGCCCUGGGGAAAAAAGCCGGUUACUGCUCAGUUCUUAUUCUGUAUAGUUGCCUGCCCUUAUCAUCUCUUUAUUAAACAAAGGGCUGAUUUUAACACCAAUUUUGUGUUUCAGCUGAGCCACUUGCCUCAUCUCAAAUUCACCAUGAGCUCUAAGAAGCGCAGAUCACAGACGAUCCCAUUCAAACCAAGAAAAAAUAAAAAAAUCCCUGAGUUUUUCCAUAAGGUCCCUAAAGAAGAACAGAAUGAUUCCAGUAUUUCUCAAGUAAAAGGGGACUCUAGAAAAAUGCCAAGAGAUAUAACCAACACCCAGGACCAAAGAUCACUUUCAUCUAAGAAAAUUCAACAAGAUCAGACUUCUCCCUCAAAUAAGAAAAUUAUAGUCACUUUGGAUGUUAACCACAGAAAAAACAAAAAAAUGAAGCAUGAGCUGACAUAUAGUGAGACAAGUAGCUUAUAUGCAGCACUCAACACUCUCAAUGCUGUCAAAGAAGAGAUAGAAAAUCAACAAGGCAAAGAGAUGUUGGUGUGUGGCAAAGAAGGAAUCGAAGGGUACAUAAACCUUGGCAUGCCCCUCUGCUGUUUUCCAGAAGGCUGUCACUUGGUCAUUACAUUUUUGCCGUGUAAAAGUGAGCUGGAAGAUAAUAAGCAAUUGUUUGAACCACAGGACCAUCCGUCUACCAGUUAUGUCCGAUUUUAUAUUCAUGCAAUUGGGAGUAAGAGAAGAAAGAUUCUGAAAUAUGGAGAACUUCGCAAAAAGGGGUACAAACUCUGUGUCUAUGGCCUCAAAGGAGAGUCCAUCAAGGACACUCUGAGGAAGGAUGGCAGGUUUCUUUCUUUUGUAGAGAGUGACGAUUGGAAGCUCAUUGGUGAACUGGACACCAUUAUAGAAAACACCCAGCCGGUUGAUGAGUUAGAUGGCAAGCUCUUCCAGGUCGAGGCUGAGCAAACAAACAACCCGAGGAUAUCAUCCGUCACUCAGAAUUCUGAGUUAGAGAACAGAAGCUUUCAUAGGGUAGACGAAUACAUUGUAGAUCAAUACCCCGUAUUGAAAGAACAACGAGAAAAACUCAGAGCAUACAUCAAGGAACAAAGUGACAAAAGAAAGAAGAAAGCUUCCUUAUUCAAAAUGCACAAAGAAAACUUUGGGAAACUGACAAGAAAUUCUACUACUGUUAAAGUGCUCAAACAUCUUUCACAGGCCAGUGACUCAGUUGGGUACCUGCGGUGGAACAAUAAUGGAAAUGAGGGCUCUGCCACCUGCUUUGUUUUUAAAGAGUCGUACAUUUUCACUUGUCGGCAUGUGAUAACUGGCAUUGUGGGGGAAGGCAUAGAGCCAAGUAAGUGGGCAAGCACAAUUUCUCGAUGUGUAAAGGUGAUCUUUGAUUAUGAAGAGUUCCCACCAAGAGAAGACAAUGCUUUUAACGUUAAACCCUGGUUUGAGAUAUCUAGCGAAAACCUUGACUACGCUGUCCUAGAACUAGAGGAAAAUGGACGACAAGUACCUGCCGGACUGUAUAAUGGAAUAGGACCUGCGCCACUUAAUGGGUUGAUUUAUAUCAUUGGCCACCCAGAUGGAGAAAAGAAGUCUAAAGAUGGUUGUACAGUGGUCCCUCAAUAUAAUCGAGGAAGAAAAUGUGAGGAAAAUGUUCAGGCAAGAGAGGCAGCAGGCGACUAUGUCUGUAGCUCUUUUCUCUCCAUAUACACCCAAAGAAGCUUCCAGGAGCUGCUUGGCAAUUCAGAUGUAGUUACCUAUGACACCACUUUUUUUGGUGGGUCUUCUGGGUCCCCGGUGUUUGAUUCUAAUUGCUCAUUGGUGGCCAUGCACGCUGCUGGCUUCCAUUGUGAAUAUCAAAGUGGAGUUCACAGUAUUAUUGAGUUUGGUUCUACUAUGGAAUCCAUUAUUGCUGAUAUUAAGCAAAAUAAAUAUUGGUAUAAUAAAAUCUUUGGAAAUUGUCAGGAUGAAGAAAUGCUGAACCCAUAGUCCUAAAAGAAUUUAAUCUAUUUUCCACAUUUAAGGGAAUUGCCUAUGGUGUUAUUAUUCUGCAGACAAUAAUGUUUUAUGAACUCUUAAAAUGAUGGAUACUACCAAAAGAUGGAUGUUCUAGAUUACUCCCUGUGCACUUGACAUUUUUUCGAAGUUCAUGAACAACUCCAAAACAGACAAAAAACAGUUUAGUUGAACUAUUUAAGUAAAGUAACAUGAAAAAUAUUAAGCAAACAUCAGGUCUCAGUGGACUUAGUGUCAGGAGAUGCAAAGAUAUGAAAAAUUUCAGAGCAUGGAAGCUGAAGUUGUGGGCCAAAGAGAAUAAGGGAAAAGGAUUUAUUUCUUUCAACUAAUUUAAAGGCAUUGCUUCAUUUGGUUUUAUCUGUAUCUUCCUUCUCUGCUGACCAGAGCUCAGCCAGAUCACUGGCUCACAGGUUUCUUAGCUCCAAGAAGUCCCUGAAGUCACUUGCUUUUCUUCUGCUCUGGCUUUCUGGCUUAAGACUGGAGUCUGGAAUCAUCUUCAAGGAAUGGUGUGGAAGUCAUUGAGCAGGCAAGGGAACUGGUCUCUGCUAUACAAUGUGGGCACUUGGGAGCUCCUGGACUUGAGUUAUGGGGAGCGAACACUGGAAGAGAUGGUUUUUACUUCUUGGCAUUCACCAUGAAGUGGGCCAGGAGGACAGUGGACACAGCCUAGAACACUUCUCAGCAAUGUGACACUCAAGUCCUAUUCUCUUGACGAGAAAGGAAGGCGUGGUCAGGAAACAAGCUCACCACCAUCAAAAUCAAGGGAAGUAUGUACUGCAGACAGCUGGCGGUCUUAGAUUAUCUGAGGGCAGGGACAGGCAUGGAUAAGAUGGUGUGGGUCAGAUU